AUGGAUGUCAGUACUGAAUUGAAAGAUAGGGUGGCUCUGUUUCGAGAGAAGAAGGAGGCUGCUAUUCGAGCCAAUGCUAAGGCGGUAGCUGAGGAUCUCAAGAAACAGCGGGAUCGCGCCCAUCAGAGGGAAGAGAUUGAGGAUACUGAGAAGACCGAGAAGAAGAAGAAUGAUUCCGAGUAUACGCUUCAAGAAUGGAAAGAAUGGACUGAAAAGAAGGCCAACAAGGGGAAACAGGCUUCUGGUGGGUACAAGAAUCUCGAGGAACUUGCCCAUUCGACGUAUGAAAGGGAGGUAGCGAACAUGGAGGUGGAUAAGGAGAAGUACGCUAAGCUGAAGGAAGGAGAAGGUAAGGAGGACGUGGAUGCACUUGUACGAGGUCUUGAAGAGGCUAGUGAACGGAGACUUAAAAGGAGAAGAACAGGUACUGCUGAAAGUAACUCGAUCAAUGAGAAGAACAGACAGUUUAACAUGAAACUUGAAAGAGAACAAAAAAAGUGA